CCGGGAUGCGGUCAGGCUCUGUGGUGCGCGGAGACCACCUGAGGAUCUGCUUCAUCCACCCAUGCAAUCCGCUCUGCGUGCGCACGAGAAACGCCCCGUGCGCGCCCCCUCCUAGCUCUGAUUUUCAAACGUUUGUUGUUUUUUUUUAUCCUCGCGCCUCUCAACGAGCUUUAACAUAUUCAGACGUCACUGAAGGUGGAUGACGCCUCAGACGUUUCUAUAAAACCCCAGCGGGCCGCGCUCUCAGCAGGAGUAGGAGUUACCGGUUCGGGGAAGGACAGAGAGUUGCUCUCCUGAAAAUAGAACCUGGUUUUGAAAUCGCGGAGAAGAUUUUCCAGGACAGGAGGAGACCCACGCGCAAAGACGCAGGUGGAUGCUGGGAAGAGAAGCCACAAGAUGUUUCAGUUCGGGGUACUGUCGGCUCUGGCCACCGCGCUCACGUCCGUGCUGUCCGCGCUGCUGCUGUUGGCGCUCACCCGCCAGCUGUGGAGCCUCCGCUGGAGCCUGACGCGGGACAAGGAGAGCAGUCUGCCGCUGCCGAGGGGCUCCAUGGGCUGGCCGCUGGUGGGAGAGACCUUCCACUGGCUGUUCCAGGGUUCAAACUUCCACAUCUCCCGCAGAGAACGCCAUGGCAACGUGUUCAAGACCCACCUCCUAGGGAAGCCUCUGAUCCGGGUCACGGGUGCAGAAAACAUACGGAAAAUCCUGCUGGGUGAGCACAACCUGGUGUGCACACAGUGGCCCCAGAGCACGCGCAUUAUCCUGGGGCCCAACACCCUGGUCAACUCCAUAGGAGACCUUCACAGGAGAAAGAGGAAGGUUCUAGCCAAAGUCUUUAGCCGCGGGGCUCUGGAGUCCUACCUGCCCCGGCUGCAGGACACCAUCAAGUCUGAAAUCGCUAAGUGGUGCUCUGAGCCGGGCUCCAUUGAUGUGUACAGCGCCGCCAAGUCCCUGACGUUCCGCAUUGCGGUGGCGGUGCUGCUCGGUCUGCAGUUGGAGGAGGAGCGUAUUGUGUACUUGGCCAAGAUUUUCGAGCAGCUCAUGAACAACCUCUUCUCACUGCCCAUUGACGCCCCGUUCAGCGGACUCCGCAAGGGUAUCAAGGCCAGAGAGAUCCUGCACGCCAACAUGGAGAAGAUCAUCGAGGAGAAAAUGCAGCGGCAGCAGACGGAGGAAGAGCACCAAGACUUCUUCGACUUUAUGAUGUCCAGUGCCAAGGAGCAGGACCACGAGCUCAGCAUCCAGGAGCUCAAGGAAACAGCAGUUGAGCUAAUCUUUGCAGCUCACUCCACCACAGCCAGUGCCUCCACCUCUCUGGUUUUGCAGCUUCUUCGCCACCCAGAAGUGGUGGAGAAGGCAGGAGUGGAGCUGGAGGCAGAGGGGCUUGACUUUGACUCCAACCGGAGCCAGAUCCCGCUGGGUGUGAUGGCAGAAACGGCGCAGGAUGCUUUUGAGACAACCUGCCUGUUGGACCAAGGAUUUCCAAAACCUCGGUCUCACAUCCCGUAUCUGACUUUGGAAAAGCUGAGUCAACUGCGCUACAUCGACUGCAUCAUCAAGGAGGUGCUGCGCUUCCUGCCGCCCGUGUCAGGUGGCUACCGCACAGCCCUGAAGACAUUUGAGCUUGAUGGUUACCAGAUUCCCAAAGGCUGGAGUGUGAUGUACAGCAUCCGGGACACUCAUGAGACAGCAGCAGUUUUCCAGAGCCCAGAGAUGUUUGAUCCGGAUCGCUUUGGCCCCGAGCGGGAGGAGAGCCGGGCGUCUCGCUUCAGCUAUGUGCCGUUCGGUGGCGGCGUGCGGAGAUGCAUCGGAAAGGAACUGGCACAGAUCAUUCUCAAAACCCUGGCGGUGGAGCUGAUCGGAACCUGCAAAUGGACUCUGGCAACGCAAAACUUUCCCAAGAUGCAGACGGUGCCUAUCGUUCAUCCUGUCAACGGGCUGCAUGUACGCUUUUCAUACAAAAACCCGCUUUAGGUUGCUGUAGACUCAAAGCUUUGUAAAAAAACUAUGAAGCAGCUCUGCGGAAACACUGUGAGCUGUUAUUCUGGAAACACUCUGUAAACAAAGACCUCCUGAUGGUUCGGUUCAUGUUCAAGAACAGGGUUCACUCCGCUGGCCUGCAACUGCUGUUCAACGCUCAGCAGUUUUAAGUUUGAUGGCCUGCUGUGCUGAACUGCAGUUCUCCAAUCCAGUUCUGUCUUCAACUAUGUUCUAAGUUAUUAACGUGUUUAGAUGGAAAGUCAAGCUCGUUUUGAAGGUAGGACUUUGUCCAAAGCGAGGUAGAAGCUGGAGAGACUACAAGAAGGUUCUGUUCCAAGAAAGUCCACUGACUGGGCUGAUUUCUAACAUGUUGCCUCUCUAUGAAUCUCCUUUAAGUUAAUGAGGACCAAGUUUCAAAUAUGACAAUGUUUUUUCUGACAUCUCAUGUCAUCUGUUCUGUCUUUUGGAUUCCACAGUGUUUUUAGCAGCACCAUGUGCUACAAGCAUUUGCAAUCCCCCACAGGUUGUUUGCAGUCAGCAGACACACCCUGCUCCACAGACUUUUAAGGGGACUGAAACCACAUCUGGGUUUGCCUGGUCUUCACUUUUGAACACACCUGGACUUGCCUCCACAGAAACAUCACAGAGACCAUCUGAGACAGGAGAGACUCAAAAUGAAACCUUGAACUCAGGCCAAGCUUCUGCACCUCAGCUUUAUUUCUGAGGUCCAUCUUUCACAACAUUCUCCCUUUAUCUGCAUGAAUGUUACAUAGCUCUGUGUAUCAAAUGAAGUAGCAAAUAUGAAUAAGCUGUAUUUAAAUGCAAAUGCAAUAUGUGUUGUAUUUUAACAGUUUUAGAAAUACUAACUUGUAAUAUAAAGGAUCAUAUAUGGAAACCGUUUUUUCUUCUAGAACCUAGAAAUUCUUGACUGUUUAGAGCAAUAUAUACAGAGAGAAAAGUUUUAAUUAAUAUUGUUAUAAGUGAGGGAGUUUUAGGACAGUUUCUGUGUUGGUCUUUAACCUAACAGAUGAGCUGUGAAGUCUUAUGGGCAGAUGGAUUUAUGGAAGGAGAUAGCACUUUUUUUGCUUUAUGGAGUCUGUACAUAUUUGUCAUGUCUUUUCAGAUGUAGCUGCUGUACAGUUGGUGGAAAGAGUAAACAAACGGUAAACUAA